AUGGCGGCCCCAGAGCCGGCGCCGAGGCGGGGCCGUGAGCGGGAGCGCGAGGACGAGAGCGAGGACGAGAGCGACAUCCUGGAGGAGAGCCCGUGCGGCCGCUGGCAGAAGCGGCGCGAGCAGGUGAACCAGGGGAACAUGCCUGGAAUCCAGAGCACCUUCCUGGCCAUGGACACGGAGGAGGGGGUGGAAGUGGUGUGGAACGAACUCCACUUCGGUGACAGGAGGGCCUUCGCAGCCCAUGAGGAGAAGAUCCAGACCAUGUUCGAGCAGCUGGUGCUGGUGGACCACCCCAAUAUCGUCAAGUUGCACAAGUACUGGCUGGAUGCCUCUGAGGCCCGCGCGAGGGUCAUCUUCAUCACAGAGUACGUGUCGUCGGGCAGCCUCAAGCAAUUCCUCAAAAAGACCAAGAAGAACCACAAGGCCAUGAACGCCCGGGCCUGGAAGCGCUGGUGUACACAGAUCCUGUCGGCACUCAGUUUCCUGCACGCCUGCAGCCCCCCCAUCAUCCAUGGGAACCUGACCAGCGACACCAUCUUCAUCCAGCACAACGGCCUCAUCAAGAUCGGCUCCGUGUGGUACCGAAUCUUCUCCAAUGCGCUGCCUGAUGACCUCCGGAGCCCCAUCCGCGCUGAGCGUGAGGAACUGCGAAACCUGCACUUCUUCCCACCAGAGUAUGGAGAAGUCAAUAAUGGGACAGCUGUGGACAUCUUCUCUUUUGGGAUGUGUGCAUUGGAGAUGGCUGUGCUGGAGAUCCAGGCCAACGGGGAUACCCGGGUCACAGAAGAGGCUAUAGCUGGAGCCAGGCACUCGCUGAGUGACCCCAACAUGCGGGAAUUCAUCCUCUCCUGCCUGGCCCGGGACCCUGCUCAUCGACCCUCUGCCCACAACCUCCUCUUCCACCGUGUGCUCUUUGAAGUGCACUCACUGAAGUUGCUGGCAGCCCACUGCUUCAUCCAGCACCAGUACCUUAUGCCUGAAAAUGUGGUGGAGGAGAAGACCAAGGCAAUGGACAUGCAUGCGAUCUUGGCAGAGAUGCCCCAACCCCAAGGCCCCCCCAUGCAGUGGCGGUACUCAGAGGUGUCCUUCUUGGAGCUGGACAAAUUCCUGGAGGAUGUCAGGAAUGGGAUUUAUCCACUGAUGAAUUUUGCGGCUGCUCGGCCCCUGGGGCUGCCCCGGGUAUUGGCUCCACCCCCUGAGGAGGCCCAGAAGGCCAAGACCCCAACACCAGAACCCUUUGACUCAGAGACCAGGAAGGUUGUGCAGAUGCAGUGCAAUCUGGAGAGAAGUGAGGACAAGGCUCGCUGGCAUCUCACGCUGCUUUUGGUGCUGGAGGACCGGCUGCACCGGCAGCUUACCUAUGACCUGCUUCCAAGUAGCGGACAGCGCCCAGGAUCUCGCAGCUGAGCUGGUGCACUAUGGCUUCCUGCACGAGGAUGACCGGAUGAAGCUAGGGGCCUUUCUGGAGACCACCUUCCUCAAAUACCGAGGAGCCCAAGCCUGACCCUCUCAGCCCUGGAGGCCCAGGCCAGAUGCAGCCGCUCAGGGCUGUCCAGUGGGGAAGAGCCCUGCUCCCCAGAGAUGCCUUCAGCCUGGCUGGCAUUCCUGGAUGCUGAUGAACACUGGCCUGCUGGUGAGGCCCUCUGGUCUCCUGCAGCAGUGUGGAACUCUGAGGUGGUCAUGAAGCCCAUCAGGGGCUGAGGGAGCUCCACUUGGAGUGGAGUGUGGGGGUCAAUCUGGAUGGACCUCUGCUAGGGGAACUGCUCCAUCUGAUGGGCAACAGCCCCCAUCCCCUGUUGGCACAGAAAAUCCAGGCUAGGAGCCCUGCAGGUGUCAGAAACGCCAGGCAGGCUAGACCAAGCUGGAGAAUAAGAGUUGAGCCUGUGGGCAACCAGCCUCCCCCACCAUUCCACCCCAGGUCCCAUGCAGACCAGCUCCAAACCUUGUCUCUGACCUUCCAUACACUUGAGACCAGAGCCUGUGCUCUCCUUCAUGCCCCGCCCCCAAGGGGAUGUCUCCCUGCUGUGUUCCCUGGCCAGGGUGUUCAGAGGUGAGGCAUGGCCCACUCCUCCCAGUGGUAGCUACAUGUUGGGGCCCUGAGGAUGUAGCUGGCUCUGUCUUUUUCUCUCCAACUCUUUUCGAUCUUGUAGGUUUCAGUACCCCAGUGGAUUCUUCACUCCUUCCAACCAUCCUGGUUUAUUGGUUCUUAAACUGACUGUCCUCCAGUUUCAAAUUUAAAUAAUCUUAAACAUUUUAAAUUGUAUGUAUAAAUUAAAUGCAUUCAGGUUUCUUUAUAAGCAUUUCAAAUGUGAAACCAGGAAGGCUUACCACUAUAUCAGUUCCAUAUUGCUGCUGUAGCAUCACACACCCAGAGGCUUGGGAUGACACAAAUGUGUUAUAAUUCUGUAAGUCAGAAAUUUGAUACAGGGUCUCACUAGUAGUCUAAGAUCAAGGUGUCAAUGGGCUAAGAUACUUCAUGGAGGUUCUGGGGGAAACUUACUUCCUGCUCAUUUAAGCUAGUUCCCUCUUUUGUCUUUUUGUAAUUCCCCCCCCCCCCGGAACUAGACUGAUCCUAAGGACCCAUCCUAGGGCCCUUCAUUUAAUUGGCAAGCACUCAUCCCCUAAGCUAAGUCUCCAGCUCCUCAUUUAAGCUGUUAGCAGAAGUCCACUUCCUUACAGUGGUAGGACUGGGGUCCUUGCUUUCUCACCGACUGUUAGCUGAGCUUUUAGAGGCACCACCUUCCUUGCCUCUCCUCUCUUCCCUCCCUCCACCUUCCAGGCCAGCAGCAUAAGGUUCAGUUUUUGUCAUGGAUUGGCUGCCUAGUUUUCUGCCAACAGGUUCUCCAUGGGACUCCUGUGAUUAAUUUGGAGCCACCUAGAUAAUCCAGGAUAAUGUUCAACUCAAGGUCACACCUUUUGCCAUGGGGACUAACUUUCCUGGGUUCCCAUGGUUAAGAGAAUGGACUCAGGAGAAAGGGCAUGCUGCCUACUAUAAAACCUUAACCAAAGCCAAAAUCAAAGCAAAUUUGCCAAGGCACAGCUAAUAAAUGAACUAUGGUGGGGAAUUUCAAGUAAUCUUAAACAUUCCAGUAAUAUUUCCAAGCUUUUAAGUUCUCAUACCUUUCGACUUGAAAUUGCAGAUCUCAAAGAACAUAUUCUAGGAGACUAAACUGAUUGUGCAUGGACUUACACAGUUGGAGAAACAAAUGCUUAACAAUGUAUGAGUGAUUAAACUGAAGUUAAAAGCA